AUGAUGAGAACUUACCAUUGCUUCUGGCUGCUGUUUUGGGCUGGUCAGCCCCACCAAAGUUUCUUAACUUUGUUGUCCAAAAGGACUAGUGGUUUUCCAGAAAAGGAAAAGGUUUUGGUAUUGUCUGGAAACAGCAGAAAAGACUUCAGUCGUUCCAAAAGGAGCUGGAUGUGGAAUCAGUUCUUUUUACUGGAGGAAUAUACAGGAUCUGACUACCAAUAUGUUGGCAAGCUGCAUUCAGACCAGGAUAAAGGAGAUGGAUCACUUAAGUAUAUCCUUUCUGGAGAUGGAGCAGGAGACCUCUUCAUUAUCAAUGAAAACACUGGCGACAUCCAGGCCACAAAGAGACUAGACAGGGAAGAAAAGCCUGUAUACAUACUUCGUGCCCAGGCUAUAAACAGAAGGACUGGAAGACCAGUGGAACCAGAAUCUGAGUUCAUCAUUAAGAUCCAUGACAUCAAUGACAAUGAGCCAAUGUUUACAAAGGACGUUUACAAUGCCAGCAUUCCCGAAAUGUCAGAUGUUGGCACCUUUGUUGUACAAGUCACUGCAACUGAUGCUGAUGAUCCUACUUACGGGAAUAGUGCUAAAGUUGUCUACAGCAUUCUCCAGGGACAACCAUAUUUCUCUGUCGAAUCUGAGACAGGCAUUAUUAAAACUGCUUUACUAAACAUGGACCGUGAAAACAGGGAACAAUACCAAGUGGUCAUCCAAGCUAAGGACAUGGGAGGCCAGAUGGGCGGGUUAUCAGGAACCACCACCGUGAACAUCACACUGACUGAUGUAAACGACAAUCCACCGCGCUUCCCCCAGAGCACAUAUCAGUUCAGAGCUCCUGAGUCUACUCCACCUGAUUCACCAAUUGGCAGAAUAAAAGCUAAUGAUGCUGAUGUGGAUGAAAAUGCAGAGAUUGAAUACAGCAUUACUGAAGGGGACGGAUAUGACAUGUUUGGAAUUAUCACAGACAAGGACACGCAGGAAGGAAUUGUAACUGUCAAAAAGGCACUGGAUUUUGAAAAUAAAAAUCUGUAUAUUCUGAAAGUGGAAGCUACCAACACUCAUGUGGACCCUCGAUUCCUCUACUUGGGGCCAUUCAAGGACUCAGCUACAGUCAGAAUUCAGGUGGAUGAUGUAGAUGAAUCACCAGUGUUCAGCAGACCAGCAUAUAUAAUUGAAGUGAAAGAAGAUGUACCAAUAAACAGCAUAAUAGGAACAGUAACAGCUCAGGAUCCAGAUGCUGUCAAGAACCCUGUCAAGUAUUCUGUAGAUCGACACACUGAUAUGGACAGAAUAUUCAACAUCAAUUCAGGAAAUGGUUCGAUAUUUACUUCAAAACCCCUUGACCGAGAAACGCUGCUGUGGCACAACAUUACAGUAAUAGCUGCAGAGAUCAAUAACCCAAAACAAAGCAGCCGUGUUCCAGUGUUCAUUAAGGUUUUGGAUGUAAAUGACAAUGCUCCAGAGUUUCCUAUGUUUUACGAGACUUUCGUCUGUGAAAAUGCAAAGGCAGAACAGCUGAUACAAACACUAAGUGCCGUCGAUAAAGAUGACUCUUUCAGUGGACACCAGUUUUCAUUCUCCUUAGCUCCCGAGGCAGUCAGCAGCUCCAACUUUACACUCCAGGACAACAGAGACAACACAGCAGGGAUUUUCACUCGAAAAACCAGAUAUAACCGGCAUGAAAUGAGUACCUAUCUCUUGCCAGUGGUAAUAUCAGACAAUGACUAUCCUAUCCAGAGCAGCACUGAAACAGUGACUAUUCGAGUAUGUGCUUGUGACCAUCGAGGAAAGAUGCUGUCCUGUAAUGCAGAAGCUUUGAUACAUCCUACUGGUCUUAGCACUGGGGCUCUCAUUGCUAUUCUUCUCUGUAUCAUUAUACUACUAGUCUGGUUGCUGGUUACAGUGGUGCUGUUUGCAGCACUGAGAAGGCAACGGAAAAAAGAGCCUUUGAUUAUUUCCAAAGAGGAUAUCAGAGACAACAUCGUCAGUUAUAAUGAUGAAGGUGGCGGAGAGGAAGAUACCCAGGCAUUUGACAUUGGCACGCUGAGGAACCCCGAAGCCAUAGAUGAUAAUAAAUUACGCAGAGACAUUGUGCCAGAAACACUUUUCAUGCCACGGCGGACUGCAACAGCGCGAGAUAACACGGAUGUCAGAGAUUUCAUUAACCAAAGGUUAAAGGAAAAUGAUACAGAUCCAACUGCACCCCCAUAUGACUCGUUAGCAACCUACGCAUAUGAAGGUAAUGGUUCUGUGGCGGAGUCCCUCAGCUCCUUGGAGUCAGUGACUACAGAAGGAGAUCAGGACUACGAUUACCUCAGUGACUGGGGACCUCGAUUUAAAAAGCUGGCAGAUAUGUAUGGUGCAAUGGACAGUGACAAAGACUCUUAA